CGUAGCAUCCUAUAUAACUCAUUUAUAUAGUUUCUAUAUUACUCAAUCACAUAGUCACUAUGUAGUUGGUUUUUAUUGUUUGCGUAUGCAAUUAUAUAUAGGAAUCUAGACAGAAAGAUUUCUGAAGUCCAUGUUGAACUCGUUCGUGAUGUCGAGAAAUUCCUCAAUUAUCCGUGGGGAAGAGAGGCAUUCUCACUGGCCAUGAAAAGUAUUAAAACAAGAGGGGCUGAGGGUUUGUGCCAGAAGACGCUUGCUAUACAGGGGUUCCUUCAUGGAAUGCAACUAGCAAUGCUGAAAUACAUUCCACAUAUCAAAACUCGUGCCACUUAUACGCCCGGAGCAAAGAAGAAGAAGAAAGGUUCCACAUAUGCAACCACCUCGGGCGAGGAGGUUGAGGUUGAUGAUAACACCAGUCUGAAGCCAUUAACCAUAAAAAUGUCUAAAAUCCACGACAUGGACAGCAAAGGGAAGUCCUCUGUGACCGUGACACUGCCUGUAGUGGAAGGGAGUUAGGAUGAUUUUAAGUUUGAUGAUGAAGUAGUUGAUACAAAGGUGAAUAAUCUGCUGGAACGCAUUGUCAAUGGCCCCGCUUUCACAAUCCGAUGCUGGUCAGGAGGCAAGCAUUUCAAUGAUGUACCUCCUUCUGUUCGACAGGCUAAACGGAAGAGUGCCACUGCUUCUGGUACGGGAACUACUGAUGAAACGCAUGUAGUUGCUGAAGAAAUAGCGGGUUCUUACCACAAGCAGGCAAUGGAGGCCUUGCAACAGGUGGAACUUAGGUUUUUGAAACAGAUCGAAGAUCUUAAAGCUGAGCUUGCUAAAAGUAAGUCCACUGCCACCGAAAAGGCACAUGUGAUGGAUGUUGAUAAGGAUGCACACCCAAACACCGAAAAAGGAGAGAAUGAUAAGGAAAGAGAUCUUUCUUCUAAUGAUAAAGAGGGUGAAGAAGACCAAGCCUCUCCAACAGAUAAGAACAUAGAAAAAGGAGAGAAUGAUAAGAAAAGAGAUUUAUCUUCUAAUGAUAAAGAGGGUGAAGAAUACCAAGCCUCUCCAACAGAUAAGGAUUAAACCUUUGCACACCAGAGCUUGAGGAUGUUGAAACUUUAAAGUCAUCUUUUUCAAGCCAUAUACAUCAUUUCAAUGAUAAACUUAAAGAAGCUAAGAAGUUUGUCCAUCACACUAGAAAAAAGAGAGAGGAGCUAAAAGCCAUGAUAAAUUGUGUCCACAUGUUGCAAUAUACAUUUCAUUAUGCCUUACAUAAUAACUGUGGCCAUGGCAAAGCAAAAGCAGAAGCAAAUGCUCAUGACUCGAAGGAUUAUUGCAAGACUAGGCUUCGUGCAGAUGCUUUAACGCUCUUGAAGGUGUUAGAGACUGGGGUUUAUAAGAAGUUUCUGAAUGAAUUUUGUUUCCAAUGCUUCUUCCUCUACAGAUUGGGAAUUUCUCGCUGAUGUUGAUGGAAUUUUGCGAAAAAAUACUGAUAUACUACAUGCAGUCAUGUAUGACGGGUUUGACUGUAGGCGAGAGUUAUCUGAUGAUGAUCAUUCGAUGUAAUCCUUUAGGUUGUUGUCACUCUUCUAGAGUUAAAAACUUAAAAUGUCAAUGUCGUCAACUUCUUUUUCUUAUUUUGGAAGUUUCUAUUUAUUUCGCAACAUUCGUCAUCCAAUGUCUUUUUCUUA